CUCGACUACAAAAGCCAUUUGGAACACCUAAGAGUUGGCGCUGAUCCGAAGGUACUCAGCGAAAUUCAACAGUUUCAUCGGCUGUUUCGAGCUGAUAACCUUGAAGAAACGCCACUCCCAUUAACUCCGACAAGUGAAGUCAACGAAGCGAUGAUGCCGGACGAAGCUGAAGCAGCUGUACGGGUUUUACGGUUAGAAGCGCCACGAAAAGCACUGUCUCCGCCGUCAACUUCCAAGGCAUCCAGUCCAGUACCGCCUCCAUCUCCCAAGGCUCCUCCACCUUCGUCCUCGUUCAAAUUUCCCGAAGCUUCUAAAUCGCUACCAGGCAAACCAUUUUCACCUCCUCCACCCAGCGCCACCAGCCCCACCCUUUCCGCAGGCAUACGCGAUGCAGGAGCUCCCUUGUGGAUGACCGCAUCUGUGAAAACGGCUCCGCCCGUACUUCCUCCGCCACCUACACUUGGCCUAACACCGCCGAAGCCGGUUCCUGAAGAGCUACCGGAAUCAAUGAAACCAAAGCGAGCGCCCAGCGGAACUUUGAAAAUGAAGACUAUAAUGUGGUCAAAAAUCACUCCAUCAGCAGUCGUCCAUGGACAAGGAUCCGAAAGUGUAUGGGGAGAACUGGCCAGGCAAAGUACAAAGCUAUGUCUGGACUUCGAUAUGAUCGAUGGAAUGUUCGCAAUCACCCCAGCCCAAACUUCACCAGCGCUAGUUGAGUCGACGCAUUCACAGUUUGCCAGGAAGAGAAACGUUUUCGUCGAUCUCUUGACUCCAAAGCGAAGUCAAAAUGUGACGAUCACAUUGAAACAGUUUAAAGAUUUGGAUGCACUGAUCUCAGAUCUACACGAAAACAAUGUGGGACGCUUUGAUGUGGAGGUUUUACGGACGUUGAGGUCAAUUCUUCCGGAUUCUGAAGAGGUACGCUUGCUCCGCUGUGCGUUCUUCCUUCGACUGCUGGAUAUUCCCGACUAUCGUUUGAGGAUUGACUGCAUGGAUCCUGCGGUUGGAAUUUCAUCGAAUCAUGGAGAGUGGUCGGCAUCAUUUCUUCAAAUGCUGCUACAGGUAGAGCUUCGACAAUCGCAUGCUCUUCGUCGGCUUCUGUUAUUGCUGGUGAAUAUCGGGAACUAUCUCAACAGCUCGUCAACCCAUGGAAAUGCUGCUGGAUUCAAAUUGAGCUCCUUGUGGCAGGUGAUAGACCACAGGGCCACUAAAGGGUCCUCAUCGCUUUUGCAUCUCCUUGCUAAGAUGGAUCCUGCCUUGCUAUCCGAUCUCGAACAAGAGCUGCCUAACAUCAACAGGGCUUCAGAGGUGCUCUCUGGAGGAACUCAAACACUAAUUGCUGCGAUCAAUCUCGGUAGAGCCAAUGUACUCUCAGUCCUGCCAGCAAUCCAGCUUGCACAGACGAACAAGACAGCGAAUCGACACAUUCGCGAUUACCUCGCGUCAGUCACUCUUAGGGAGCACUGCCACGUAGAACUGGCGGAAACUAACAAGUCACUGAUGGAGCUUCUGAAAAUCCAAGAUGAUCUAGCGUUGUUUUUCUGUGAAAACAAGGGCACAUUCAAGAUUGAGGAAUGCUUUAAGAUCUUCAAAAUUUUACUCGUACGUCUUCGACAGGCACUACAGGACUAUGCUCUGUUAGCUUUUCCGCAUUUCCCAUGA